UGCUCAGACAUUUCCUCUUUCAGAAUUUGAAACUUCUUCCUGUAAUCUAUGAGUUCAGAUUUCUGACCAGUCAGCUGGUUACCGGAGUCACAGCACUGGAGAAAUGAGCAGCUCAAUAGUCCUCGGUGAUUCUAUGAAACCGGUCUGGCAGGUGAGAAACUGGUGCAGCAGUCACACCCGGCUGUGUGAUGAAAAGAAUGAGGGAUCAGGAGGACGAUGGAGGCCCAGUAGGAGGUGUUAAGGAGUCACGGGGAAGGGAUAUAUAUACCUGUUGUUCUUCAUAUGAGGCUCAGUGACAAAUACAGGUAGAAAACAGACAAGAAGAAGAAGAAGAGAACCAGAACAGUCACAGCAACCAGUGACAUCAGCAGACUCAGACCACUGCUCCGUGACAGGGUAAACAUCUGCUUGUGAAUACGUGACCUCCAGUCCACUCUUCACUCCCACUCUCUGCUGUUCCGAUGGCGAAGCAGGAACUGAACGACGCUCCACCUCCAUACAACACUGUUGUUGUGCACUCCCUGCCCUCCCUCAAGUCCUACGAUGAAGUAGCAUAUGGAACGGGCGCAGACCUGGCGCCCCCAUCCCAACCAUAUUAUAUACCUCGAUAUCCAGAACCAGUGAUUGUUGCUCAGGUCCCAGAGCCAGCCCCCAGCAGACAGAAGAGGAAGUUGUGUCAGAAGAAUGCCCAGUGUUUAGGAGGCUCAGGGGGUGUCGUCCUGGUGCUGGCUCUGCUGGCACUGGCCAUCUGGAUUGGAGUUCGCUUCGGCACCACAAUGGUAACGACGGCGAUCAUCUACCAUAACGAGGAGUAUUACAUCGAUGACGAUCCUUCACCAAGCACCGACACCUGCCCCAACAGCACUGUCUAUUGUGAUGGGAUAAAGGACUGUCAACUGGGCACUGAUGAAACCAACUGUGUGAGGUUUGGCCAGGACAACACACUGCAGAUCAGAACAUCUCAUGACAGUCGCUUCCUUCCCGUGUGCUACGAAGGCUGGGACCAGCAGUACACCGAGAAGACCUGCACUCAGCUCGGCUUUACAAAGUCCUUCUCCACCAAAGAGCUCCAGUCCGAGGACUCUCGUGGUUUACUGGUGACUGGCCCGUCAUCUCAGCCCAUCCAGGGUCAGGUGAAAGUCAGUGCUUCCUGUCCAAACCAGAAGUAUGUCUCCCUGCAGUGUGUGGACUGUGGUAGACAGCAGUCUACGUCCAGGAUCAUCGGAGGGACUGCAGCUAAGAGCGGUCAGUGGCCCUGGCAGAUGUCGCUCCACUUCAGAGGAUCCCACGUCUGUGGUGGAGUUCUCAUCUCUCCUGAUUAUGUACUGACCGCUGCCCACUGCUUCCCAAGCAACCCAGGAUUUUUGGCCCCACAGCUGUGGAAGGUGUACGGGGGUUUAGUCUCCUUGAGUUUACUACCCACACCUUUUCGGGUGAAGAAGAUUCUGAUAAGCGAGCGCUACAACAACAAAACCAACGACCACGACAUCGCUCUGCUCAAACUGGCCUCUCCAGUUACUUUCAAUGAUAAAGUCCAGCCUGUAUGUAUGCCGACCACAGGACAGACAUUUCCCCAAAACACCAAAUGCUGGACCUCAGGUUUUGGCACCACUGAUGCAGGAUCAGGGCUCGUCUCUCAAAGUCUGAUGGACGUGGCUGUGGACAUCAUUGACAGGCAAGUGUGUAACGGCGCCCGUGUGUACGGAGGCAGCGUGAGCAAAAAUAUGAUCUGUGCUGGAGACCUGGACGGCGGCAAAGAUUCCUGUCAGGGCGACAGUGGUGGACCUCUGGUAUGUGAGGCAGACAAUCACUGGUACCUGGUGGGGAUCACGAGUUGGGGGUCCGGAUGUGGAGAAAGAAACAAGCCUGGUGUUUAUACUGACGUCAGGAGUGUAAUGCCCUGGGUCUACAGCAAGAUGCAGCAAGAGGCACUGUGAAAUCCCUUUCUCCUGCGGGUGGCGGUGUGGAGCCCGUCACCGAGGAACCCUGCACUUUAAAGUCGUCGAAGAAAGACGGACAAAUCUGUCCCCCAGAGACAGACAUGAACUGAUGAAGGAAAACUCUGGUGAGAUGAAGUCGAGGGAACACAGCAGCAGCGGCGUUUGCACAUGUCCAACAAGGAACUUGAGUCUUUGUCUCUAUCGUCUCCAUACGCUGUCCCCUGUCUCACUGUAAUACACACACGGGUAGUGACUGUAAACUAUCUGACUUGAUUACUAAUAUGCAAUGGUUCAUGCACUGACUUGAGGUUUUUUGCCUCAGUUUCUGCCGCUGGUGGUGUACAUGAUGCCAGUGUUUACUCUCGGUACAUGCAAUGGGCCUUGGAGACGGCUGGCUGCUCUCCUCCUGCACCAGCGCAGCCGUCCUUUCUACUGUAAUGUCCUCAGAUGAAUGAUUGUAGAUGAGUUCAUUGUAAAUGAAGUGUGUUUGCGGAGGUGUGUGUUGCUCUUAGGUGCACAUCUCAGGGUUUUUUUAGCCAUAUUAUUAUUAUUAUUAUUAUUUUAAAAAGGGCACUUUGUAUAGCACAUAUGAAUGUUUGUGUGACCCUAAACCCCGCCCCUUGAUCAUUAGGACACUUGAUUGUGCUCCUAAGUCACCUCAUGUUCUCACACUGUGAAAAUAUCUAAAAUACCUGUUACACUGUAUAUGAACCUGUACAUACUGUAUUAUAUUUGUCGUGGGCUGGACAUGAUGUCCAUCAGAAUGUUGUACUUUUUUGGAGAUUUUGAACAAAAAUAAAAUGUCGAACUAUA